AUGUGCGGCGACACCACUGCUGAUCACAAGAUGUCUGUAGAAGACAUUAUCGCUGAAAUAGUCCAAGCAUCUACAACCAGCAUGCAAACGGAGGUCGAUGGAGAGAAGAGCGAGAAACUUGUUCGGUUCGAUGAUGUUGCUGCCGAACCUAAGAAGAGCACCAAACACAUGAUGGUUCGCAAGGUCAAGAUGGCAGUUAGACCAAUGGAGUCGGAAAAAGCCUUGAGUACAGUCCAUGAAGUUGAAGAGGAUGAUAUUGAUGAGACUGCACAUAUGUUUGAGCUGAAGGAGGAUGGAUGGAAACCUCGUAAAAUUGUCAAGGGCGGUCAUUUGCAAAAGGAAGAUCGAGGAAGCACGCUCCGAGAUUCAACUCCUGAAAUGAAAAAGAGUCGAGCACACCAUGCUACAAGGAAUAUUUGCACACAGGGUAAACAGAAGGCUAGUGCUGAUGUCGAAUCCAAGGAGGAGAUAGGAGACGAAGACAAGGUCUACGCAUUGGUGAAGGACACAUGUCAUCAUCGACAGAAGAAACAGAACCGACCCAUGCUACCAGGUCUGCGAAAGGAAAGGGAAAAAGCAGAGCCAUUGUCGAGUCAGAUGUCGAGGUAUGGCUGCCCUUCUGAUGAAAGCAGCAAUGAUGCUGCACAUGGUACGCCAGAAAUUUUUGAUAGCAAUGGAGGCACAGAGCCCAUACUAGGAGUGUCAGAAUCAACGCCAAUGCCAGUGCGAGAACUGAUAUUGUCAGAGUCACAGACCAUGACUCAGAUGGACACUGAAUCAUCUCAAAAUCAGUCCAAUACGUCCAUCGUAGCAGUCAAUGAGGUUGGCCACCAGGACAAUACCACUGAAGAUCUCAUUGGGUUCCCGGAUGACAACCUCCCAUCUACCCUUGAUGAUUGGGAUAACUGGCAUAACGUAGCAUUUCGGAAAGGUAACUUGACCAUACAGCUGGCCAAGGUUCCAAUGGAGAAAGAUUCUGACGGGCUUUUGAUUCCUGAUCACCCUGCGAAUUAUCAGAUGGACUUUGACGCUGACUUCCACGAGGCAUUGGGGAUGACAUGGUUGUAUUCAGCACUCACUCACAUCGACACACACCCUGAAUUCCUCACUCAUAUCUUUGAUGAGAUUGGAAAGGCAUCAGCUGAGGAGCGACUUGGAAAUAGUCAUCCAGGCUUUAGGCUCCUCCCAGAACUCCCGGUACCUGUGAAAAGCAUGGUCUCAAUCAAGCAUUGGCCAUUUUCUGAUAUAUUGGAAUUGGAUGCAGAGGGUGAUCGCAAUGACAAAGAAGAUGUAUCAGGGGCCCUCAGUGAUAUGCUUAUUUCCGAGGACACUGUCCAGCGCGCUUUCCCCGCGAAAGAUGGAGGAAGGGGGUCAUCAAAGCGGCCAAAUAAUACUUUAGGAAGCUUGUUUAUUCACCAUUCAUCACUGACCCCCACAUCCAUUGGAGGUAUUAUCCGUCAACCAGGUCUAUUCGACAGUAUCGAAGCUGCGUCAUCAUCGAUACCAUCCGACUCUUGCCUCACUCGGGACUGUGGCAUGGACACUACCAGGGACCCUGUUCAUCCACCACAGUCAACACAGGCAAUUCAGCAUCAUGAUAACAUCGGUGAUCGCAGUGACAUUGACUCAAACAUGCACAUAUCAUCUCCCUCAAAUACGCAAGAUGCAGAAGAGCAUGUCGCAGAUCCUGGAAACUCUGUUUCUCUCACUCGCAUCGACUUCAUGCAUGAUUCCAGUGUUGAUGAAUUACUGGAUUCAUCUCCACAAUCUACUCAAGUGGUCGAUGAUAUCAUGGAGGACAGCGAUAUCAUGGAGGGCAGCGAUGACAUCGAGGAAAGCAAUAUUGUGGAGGGUCACGAUAAAAAGCAGGCUGUCUUGAGAACAAAGGCAUCAUGGGAUCGUUUGUCGAGAGUGAAGGAUAAAGAUGUGAGGCUUCUUGUUAAGUCAACUCCAGAAUGA